UUUCCUUCUAUUCGGUUCCCUUCCCCAUAAGAAAGUGAUUAGGGACUAAACAAUAUUAGGCAUAGCCUCUUUUUUUCUAUUUCAAUGAGUCCACUUCUUUCGAAGUAUCUUCUGCAGCCCAUCCGGCAAAACCCUGCGCUGGGGAGCGUGGUAGGCACUGGUGCUGUGUGUGGCUUCAUAUAUUGGUGGUACAACACUUCUAUUCGUAGCACGUUGCUCCAAACACAGCACAAUUGCCAUAUAAUUACCGAAAAGACCCUUCAGGAGUGCCGUGAGAUGCUCAAGAGUGUCGAAACAAAUUGGGGCGUCGAUAUUCGUUCUCGUGAUACUCACGUUCGUCGCCUGGAGAUUCAGAACGUUGAGCAAACGCGCAGUGUAGCGCGUUUGGAGGCAGCCAUGAAAACAUGCUUAGCUCAGGGAUCGCAGCGGGAGACCAGUGAAUCUUAAUUAAGAAUUUCCCAUAUCAUGGUAGUAAUCAAAAAAGAAAGUAUUGGUGGUAACGGUAUGAAAAUGUGAAUGAGAAAUAGCACUAAAGUGCACGGUUUGAAAAAAAAGGCACAUGAUGUACCGUUUGGUCGUUCUGUCGGAAAAGUUAGGAUUGUAUUUCUUUGUGCUGAAGCUUAUGGAAUGAAUACGUUAUA